AUGAGGAGUCUCGCGCUGCUGUUAGGAGUAAAAGCCGCGUGCAUCCUCCUGGUGUCCUCGCUCUCAGGCACAGUGGCCGUCAACAACAGUGGCCGGUGGUGGGGCAUUGUCAAUGUGGCCUCCUCAUCCAACCUCCUCACUAAUUCCAAGAACGUGCAGUUGGUCCUGGACCCGAGCCUGGCCCUACUGAGUCGACGCCAACGCCGGCUGAUUCGGCAGAAUCCUGGCAUCUUGCAUGCCAUCGCUGCUGGGCUGCACACCGCCAUAAAGGAGUGCAAGUGGCAGUUCCGCAACCGGCGCUGGAACUGCCCGACCACCCACAGCCCGGCAGUUUUUGGCAAAAUUGUCAACCGUGGUUGCCGAGAAACAGCAUUUGUAUUUGCCAUUACCAGCGCAGGGGUGACCCAUGCUGUGGCUCGCUCCUGCUCAGAAGGGGCUAUAGAGUCAUGCACAUGUGAUUACCGACGCAGAGGUCCUGGAGGGCCAGACUGGCACUGGGGGGGCUGCAGCGAUAAUGUGGACUUUGGACGGAUGUUCAGUAGGGAGUUUGUGGACUCCAGUGAGAGAGGCAGAGAUCUGCGCUACCUCACCAACCUACACAACAAUGAGGCUGGCAGAAUGACCGUCUCAGCAGAGAUGCGACAAGAGUGUAAGUGCCAUGGCAUGUCCGGCUCCUGCACUGUACGUACCUGUUGGAUGCGCCUGCCAAGCUUCCGCACAGUUGGAGACUUCCUUAAGGACCGGUUUGACGGUGCCUCCAGGGUUGUUUACGCUAACAAGGGAAGCAACCGUGCCUCACACAGAGCUGACCCACGACAUCUGGAACCUGAGAACCCAGCCCACAAACCCCCCUCUGCCAUGGACCUAGUCUACUUUGAGAAAUCGCCAAACUUUUGCUCGUAUAAUGGCAAAACAGGCACAUUAGGAACUUCUGGGAGAACAUGCAACAGUUCUUCUCCAGGUCUGGACGGAUGUGAGCUGCUCUGUUGUGGACGAGGGUAUAAGACUCGGACUGAGAGUGUAACUGAACGCUGCCACUGCACCUUCCACUGGUGCUGUCACGUCAGCUGCUUGAACUGCACCAGCACACGAACGUUACACCAGUGUCUAUGA